CCGCUGCGUCAUCACUCCGCGACACCCAGGCCUGUCACUAGUCAGUGCAGACAGAGAGAUGGCGUCGCAGUCGGAGCAGAAGCCUGCAGGCGCAGAUACAGACCCAGGAGCAGGAGCAGGAGCAGGAGACGCAGAACUGGAUGAAUUAUUGGACAGUGCUCUGGAUGACUUUGAGAAGACAAAUGUUCCUCAAACUCCUCCUGAAGCUCCCAGUGCAGAAGCGAAGACGGAGCAGAAGCUGCCUCUGCUGGAGGACAGUCAGUUCUUUGAGUCUCUGUUUGAAGGAGAGAUGGCUGAGCAGGCGAAGGAGGAGUGGGAGAGAGCGAUGGCUGAGCUAGCACAGGAAGAACCCGAGUUGAUCCAGCAGUUCCAUAAACUGUCCGAGGCUGCGGGGAAAGUGGGUACUGAUGCUGCUUCUCAGCAAGAGUUCACGUCCUGUCUGAAGGACACGCUGAGCGGUCUGGCCAAAAACGCUGAUAACCUCCAGGCCACCGGAUUGGCCGGAGAAGAUCUGGCUAAAACGUUAGAAGGGCUGGGAUUGGAUGAGAACAGUGAAGGGGGUGGGGAAGAUGGAACGAUUCUCCCCAUCAUGCAUUCGAUCAUGCAGAACCUUCUGUCCAAAGAUGUGCUGUAUCCAUCACUCAAGGAGAUCACAGAGAAGUACCCCGAGUGGUUGGACAGUAACAGACAGUCUCUCUCGGUGGAGGACGUACAGCGCUACGAGCAGCAGCACAGGAUUAUGGGAGAAAUCUGCAGCCUGUUUGAGAGAGAUGGAGACACCCAGAGCAGCUUCGAGAAGAUUCUGGAGCUCAUGCAAAAGCUGCAGGAUCUGGGUCACCCUCCGAAGGAACUAGCUGGAGAAACGCCUCCUGGACUGAACUUUGAUCCGGAGUCUCUUCAACUUCCUGGAGUCGCAGGGGCGGAGCAGUGCUCAGUCAUGUGACCUGAGUGAGGCGGAGAUGGUGUGUGUGUGUGUGUGUGUGUGUGUGUGUGUGUGUGUACAGAUAGUUAACCUGUAGGAAUGCCUUUAAUCCCACAGAAUAGUAAAUAAACGGUUACGUAUUGUAGCUAGCGUUAGCGUUAAUAAACAGAAUUCUGUUGUGAAAUGAACAGUUUCUUUAUCCCGGACGUUUAAAUGCAAAUCAGGAAAUAGUGCUGAAAAAAACACUGUACGGUGGAAGUCACAUGACCAGAUGAUGUGGGUGGAAUGUGCUGUUAAACCUCCGUCCACUGUGAGGCGACACUCCUGUCUCUAAGGUGCAGUUUCAGAUUCCAGUUUUAUAUCUUCAGGAUUCAGAAUAUUCACAACACUAACAAAUAAUGGAGCCUUCAGUGUGUGUGUGUGUGUGUGUGUGUGUGUGUGUGUGUGUGUGAGAGAUUCUAUUCCUUUAUUAAUUGUAUAAAAUGUGAUUUAUUUCUCUGUAAUGUUUGGAAUAAUUAAAAGUGGACUGUGAGUGUUUCA